AAUUCAAAAGCAAAUCAGUUUGUUUAUUUAAUUUCUUGAUGGCAGAACUUACAACAACGGCGGGAGUCAGGGCAAUGGUUAUUAUACUCACAACAUUAUUAUUUAUACUUACAACAUUAUUAGUAGUGAAAGCUACCAAGGUAUUACUUACAACAUUACUAGUGAUAUCAGCUACCAAGGUGUUCCGCAGUUGUUCACGAGACAAUAAUGGUUGUGUUGUACCCAAUAUUAUCCCAAACGCAUCAUCAACAUCCUCUGCUUGUUGGUCGUGGAAGUACGACGUGUUUCUUAAUUUUAGAGGCGAAGAUACUCGCAAGACUUUUGUAGAUCAUCUCUACUCUGCUCUUCAACAACAUGGAAUACACACUUACAAGGACGAUGUAACUCUUGAUCGAGGCGACACCAUCCGCCCAGCCCUGUUGAGCGCUAUCCGUGAGUCGCAUAUUUCUCUUAUUAUAUUUUCUGAAAACUAUGCGUUUUCUUCGUGGUGUUUGGAUGAGCUUAAACAUAUUAUGAGAUGCAAAGAGGAGGAUAGUGGCCAAAUCGUUAUUCCGAUAUUCUACAACGUGGAUCCCGCAGAUGUGAGAAAACAGAUUGGGCAAUUUGGUAAAGCUUUUGCCAAACACGAGUUGUCGGAAAGCAACAAGAAAAAAAUUGAAUCAUGGAAAAAAGCACUUGUGGAUGCAAGUAAUAUUGCUGGAUGGGAACCCAAGCAUGUCGCCAAUGGGAAAUUUUUUCUUCAUUGUCUUUGUGUAGAUCAUACAUGUCAUUAUUAUGGAUGUGAACAUAUGUUUCCAAUGUGCAGGCAUGAAGCAAGAUGUAUCCAAGAGAUUGUUGGUUCCAUUUUAGACAAAUUGUCAUCUUUGGAUUCAGUAGUUGAGGAUGGAAACCUUGUUGGAAUGAGAACUCGAUUGCAACAGUUGAGAUCUCAUUUAAGAAUUGGGUCAGGUGGUGUGAGAAUGGUUGGGGUAUGGGGGAUUGGGGGUGGUGGUAAGACCACUCUUGCCACAUCUCUUUACAAGGAAAUUUCUCACCAUUUUGAUGGUUGUUGCUUUCUUGGAAACAUACGUGACGAAACCAAACAACAUGGUUUGCAAAAGCUGCAAGAAAAAGUUCUCUCAACUGUAUUUGACAAACUAAUUCAAGUUGAGAGUGUUGAAUUAGGGAAACACAAGAUUAAGAGUAUGUUAUAUUGUAGGAAGGUGUUGAUUGUUCUGGAUGAUGUCGAUCACCUCGAGCAACUAGAGGCUUUAGCUGGAUGCCAUAAUUGGUUUGGUAAUGGGAGCCGAAUAAUAAUUACAGCUAGGGAUGAACAAGUGCUAAAAUCUCACAGGAUAGACGAGGUAUGUCCGGUUAAAUUAUUAUCAAAUGAAGAGGCUAUUAGGCUCUUUAAAAGACAUUCAUAUCAAGAGCAUAAUGUUGUAGAAGAAUACGAUAAGCUCUCUUUAGAGGUGAUUACUUAUGCUAAUCGCCUCCCGUUAGCACUUCAAAUCUUAGGGGCGUCUCUGUAUGGAAAAGACAAGGAUGAGUGGAUAAGUACACUCGCUAGACUACAAGACCAUCCAGAAAUGGGUAUUGUAGAAAAGCUCAAAAUCAGCUAUGAUGGACUUAAACCUAUAGAGAAAGAGUUAUUCUUGGAUAUUGCAUGUUUCUUUAGGCGGAGAAGCAAAGAUGAAGCAAUGGAGAUACUUGAUGCUUGUGGUUUUGAACCUCAUAUAGGGGUAGAGGUGUUGAUACAAAAGACUCUCCUAACUGUUUCAGAGGAAGGCUGGUUUGAUAUGCAUGAUUUGGUUCAAGAGAUGGGACACUACAUUGUGACAUGGGAACAUCCUUACAAUCCUAAAAAACAUAGCAGGGUUUGGCGAAAGGAAGAUAUUGAAGACAUAUGUUCAAUGAAUGCAACAAUGGAAAAUGAUAAGAUUGAAGCCAUACAAUGUGAUGCUUAUGGUCCUUCAUUCAACUUCAUUAGGCUUGUUUCAAGUAUGAAGAAACUAAGAUUCCUUAGAUUGACUACUAUAUCCUUUGAUGAAAGGCCCAAUUUUUUACUUUCAAAUGAGUUGAGGUAUAUAGAUUGGAAAGGUUAUCUUGCAAGUCCAUUCCCUGAAAGUUUUCAACCAAGGAAGCUUGUUAUUCUAAAAUUGGAAAGAAGCUGGCAACUAAAAGAGCUUUGGAAGGGUUACAAGUAUCUACCAUGUUUGAAGAAGAUGGAACUCUACUGCAUGUAUGCACUAGUCAGGACACCUGAUUUCGGUGGACUCCCAUCUCUUCAGAAGUUGGUACUCCAUGAAUGUGAAAAUUUAGAAGAAAUUCAUCAAUCACUUGGAAAUCAUGCAAGUCUUGUUUCCGUAGAGGUAAGGUGUUGUCGCAGGCUUACAAGAUUUCCAAGCAUUUUUAGGAUGGAAAAACUAGAGACUCUAAACAUUUCAUUCUGCGAACUUACUGAGUUUCCAAAGAUCGAAGCAAAUAUGGAUAACUUGGUAACGUUAACUUUGAAAGGUGUUGACAUAGAAAUCCUACCCUCAACAAUCGUAGAAUAUUGCACCAACCUUACUUCGCUGAGUUUGGAAGAUUGUUCCAAAUUAAAGAGCAUAGAUGGUAACUUUCAUGCCUUAAAAGGUCUACAAAAUAUUAAAUUAAAAGGUUGCAAACAUUUUGAAAAGUUGCCAAAAGAUCUAUUCAAUGAAAAUAUAGUGGGGCUUGGUUUAAUAAAGUUGAAUCUGAGUUGGUGUGAAUUGAAAGAUGGAGACAUACCCCCUGAAAUUGGCGAGUUAUCCACAUUACAAGAGCUGCAUCUGUGGGGUAACGAUUUUACAAGAUUGGAUUUCAGCCUCUCGCGACUUACUCGCCUCAAGCUCCUCAAUCUAAGUUGGUGUCAAAAUCUGGUCGAAUUGCCAGAGCUCCCAUCAAGUCUAGCUGUCCUCAAGGCACACAUGUGCGGGUCACUUGAAGUCAUCAAAGACGAUGCUCAUAGAAGAUGUAACUGGUUGUGUGAAGUAUCUAUACGGAGUCGGAGAAAAAACAGAACUGGUGGGGAGAGAUUACUAGAAUCCAUGCUUCAGGGAAAGAGAGUUAAUAGUAGGUGUAUGAUCCUUCAACUAAAUGGGUCCGAGAUUCCCAGGGGGUUUAUAUCUCGUAUGGUUAGAGGGUGGAAAUGUAAAAUGCAACUUCCAGAGCAUUGGUACAAUCACUUCUCAGGUUUCUUAUUCUGCGCAACUUCCUGUGCCGAUAUUGAUCCAUUUAUAAGUAUGAAGCACGUCGAAAAGUCAGUGGGUGGUUCUUCGAUGGGAAUGGGGGAUUCUCAAGAUGAUGAUGAAAACCGAACAUGUGUGACGUAUUUCCCAUUUAGUUUAUUGAGAGACACAUCAUGGUGGGACCCAACAUCCACUGCCAUUGAGAUGGAGUUUGGUGACUCAAAGUAUUCAAAAAUCAGAAGAUGUGGAUCAAAGUUGGUUCCCAAGAGAGCUGCAGCUGAAUGUACUAGUGAAAAUCCACCUACCCAUUCUAAUGAUAAUGAUGAUGAUUAUAAAUGUAAAUUACGUAUACGUGAUUCUAAGUCUGUUUUCAACUUCAGAUUUAUGUGAUAGAAGAUAUAGAUGUAUUGAUUGUAUUGAUUAUUACUCCAACAAUUGUAAAUGUACACUUACCUCAUAUAGUGAUCA